AUGAGCGAAGAAAGCCUGUCAGAAGUUGCCGCUUCCCAAAAGGAGCAAUACGAGACCACAGAUUACACUUCGCAGCAUCGUAAACUCUCCCCAAAUUUUUUGGGUCUAAACACCAUCGAUAAAGCUGAAGAUUCGCCCUUAAAGGAUCUUGUCAAAUCUCAUGGCGGUCACACCGUUAUAUCCAAAGUCCUCAUAGCCAACAACGGUAUCGCGGCCGUAAAAGAGAUCCGUUCUGUACGCAAAUGGGCCUACGAAACAUUUGGAAAUGAACGUGCAGUUCAGUUUGUCGCAAUGGCCACCCCAGAAGAUCUCGAGGCCAAUGCAGAAUAUUUGCGUAUGGCGGACCAAUACGUCGAAGUUCCCGGCGGAACCAACAACAAUAACUACGCCAAUGUCGAUCUAAUUGUCGAAAUCGCUGAAAGAGCAGAUGUUGACGCUGUGUGGGCCGGAUGGGGUCACGCAUCUGAAAAUCCAUUGUUGCCUGAAAAAUUGGCAAGUUCUCCCCGUAAAAUCAUCUUCAUCGGUCCUCCUGGUAAUGCGAUGAGGUCCCUUGGAGACAAAAUCUCAUCCACUAUUGUGGCUCAACACGCCAAAGUUCCAUGUAUCCCAUGGUCUGGUACCGGUGUCGAUGAAGUUUACUUGGACGAAGCUAGUGGGCUAGUUUCGGUUCAAGAUGAUGUUUAUCAAAAGGGUUGCUGCGACUCUCCUGAGGAUGGGUUAGCCAAGGCCAAAAAAAUUGGUUUCCCUGUCAUGGUUAAAGCUUCCGAAGGUGGUGGUGGUAAAGGUAUUAGAAAAGUGGAGAGAGAACAAGACUUUAUCGCUCUAUACAAGCAAGCCGCCAAUGAAAUCCCCGGUUCUCCAAUCUUUAUCAUGAAAUUGGCCGGAAAAGCUCGUCACUUGGAAGUACAGCUGUUGGCCGAUCAAUACGGAACAAAUAUAUCUUUAUUUGGUCGUGAUUGUUCGGUUCAAAGACGUCACCAAAAGAUUAUAGAAGAAGCUCCCGUUACCAUCGCCAGACCUGAUACUUUCACAGAAAUGGAGAAAUCUGCUGUGAGACUCGGUAAACUGGUUGGUUACGUAUCUGCAGGUACCGUGGAAUACUUGUACUCUCAUGAUGAUGAUAAAUUUUACUUCUUGGAAUUGAACCCAAGAUUGCAAGUCGAGCAUCCAACAACUGAAAUGGUGACUGGUGUUAAUCUUCCCGCUGCUCAACUUCAAAUUGCUAUGGGUAUUCCAAUGCAUAGAAUCAGAGACAUUAGACUACUUUACGGAGUUGAUCCACAUACUGCCGGUGAAAUUGACUUUGAUUUCAGUUCGGAAGGGUCUCUCCAAACCCAAAGAAAGCCCAUUCCAAAGGGUCACUGUACUGCGUGCCGUAUCACAUCUGAAGAUCCAAAUGAGGGGUUUAAACCUUCCGGUGGUUCAUUGCAUGAAUUGAACUUCCGUUCCUCGUCUAAUGUAUGGGGUUAUUUCUCCGUUUCUAGUAGCGGUGGUAUACAUUCCUUCUCGGAUUCGCAGUUUGGGCAUAUUUUCGCAUUUGGUGAGAAUAGACAAGCAUCAAGGAAACACAUGGUUGUGGCCUUGAAAGAGCUUUCGAUCAGAGGUGACUUUAGAACUACAGUUGAAUACCUUAUCAAGCUUUUAGAGACGGAAGAUUUUGAAGGUAACUCCAUUACUACAGGUUGGUUAGAUGACCUCAUUUCUCAGAAGAUGACCGCUGAAAAGCCUGAUUCUACGCUAGCUGUCAUUUGUGGAGCUGCAACCAAGGUUUUCAUCGCAUCUGAAAAUGGUCGUAAGGCUUUUGUUACCAGCCUCCAGAAAGGACAAAUUCCUCACAAAUCCCUCCUUCAGACCAUGUACCCUGUUGAAUUUAUUCAUGAAGGUAAAAGAUACAAGUUUACCGUAGCCAAAUCAGCCGACGAUCGUUACACUUUAUUUAUCAACGGUUCCAAGUGUGAGGUUGGCGUUCGUAAGUUGUCUGAUGGCGGACUGUUGAUUGCUGUAGGUGGUAAAUCACACACGAUCUACUGGAAGGAGGAAGUCUCUGCCACCAGAUUGUCGGUGGACUCUAUGACUACUUUGCUUGAGGUUGAAAAUGAUCCUACUCAGCUCCGCACUCCUUCCCCCGGUAAGCUUGUCAAAUUUUUGGUCGAGAAUGGUGAGCACGUCGCAGCAGGUCAGCCUUACGCUGAAGUUGAGGUCAUGAAAAUGCAAAUGCCUUUGAUUUCUCAGGAAAGUGGUGUGGUUCAACUUUUGAAGCAACCAGGAUCUACUGUAUCUGCUGGAGACAUCCUCGCUAUCCUUGCUCUUGACGACCCAACGAAGGUUAAACACGCACUACCCUUUGAAGGUCUUCUACCUGACAUGGGAGCUCCAAUCGUCGAAGGUACUAAGCCUGCUCAUAAGUUCAAAUCGCUUGUAUCAACCCUGGAAAAUAUUCUGAAUGGUUAUGAUAAUCAAGUCAUCAUGAAUGCCUCUUUGCAGCAGUUGAUUGAAGUCUUGAGAAAUCCACAGCUUCCUUAUUCGGAGUGGAAGAUGCAAUCCUCCGCACUACACUCUAGAUUGCCUAUCAAGCUCGAUGAACAAUUGGAACAGCUUGUUCAUCGCUCCCUGGCAAGAAAAGCACAGUUUCCUUCUACCCAGUUAGGCAAAAUGCUUGAAAAGGCCUUGAGCGAAUCGGAUGAUGCUCUUUUCGGCACGGUCAUUGAGCCUUUACUAGAUAUCACCACCCGUUACUCAAAUGGUUUGGAAGCUCAUGAGCAUUCUGUCUUCGUUAAGUUUUUACAGAACUAUUACCAGGUUGAAAAACUCUUCAGUGGUUCUAACGUUAGGGAAGAAGAUGUUAUUUUGAAGCUACGUGACGAGAACUCUGAAAACCUGGACAAUGUUGUAGUGACAGUUUUGUCACACUCGCGCGUUUUGGCGAAGAACAGCUUGAUUUUGGCCAUCUUAAGACAUUAUCAGCCUUUGUGCAAAAUGUCAUCUGAAGUUUCAUCUUUGAUUGCAGAACCCUUGAAACAAAUUGUUGAACUUGAAUCCAAGACCACGGCAAAGGUUGCACUUCAGGCAAGGGAAAUCCUAAUCCAGGCUGCUUUACCCUCGGUCAGGGAAAGGACUGAUCAAAUUGAGCACAUCUUGAGAAGCUCAGUGGUCAAGGCAGCUUAUGGUGCUUUUGAUAACAAGCGCGCUGACCCAGACUUGGAGGUUUUGAAGGAUCUUAUUGACUCCAACUAUGUCGUCUUUGAUGUUCUCACCCAAUUUUUGACUCACCGCGACGCAUCCGUGGCUGCUGCAGCAGCAGAGGUCUACAUCCGUCGUGCAUACAGAGCUUACACGAUCGGUGAUUUGAAACACUUCAGCAAUGCGAACAAUGCUGUCGUUGAAUGGAAAUUCCAGUUACCAUCUGCCGCUUUUGCGUCUGUUCCUCAAGUCAAAAGUAAGAUGGGUAUGCACAGGGCAAUCUCCGUAUCAGACCUGACUUAUAUUUCUGAGGGCGACAACCAGCCUUUGAGGACCGGUAUCUUGGUCGCUUCCAAGCAUUUGGAUGACGUUGAUGAUGGACUUUCUAAAGGUCUGCAAAGAAUUCCUCACUACCAAGCCAAUCAUAAUGGACCCGUUCCGGACAGGUCAGGUAACAAUGCUACGCUAAGCAAUAUUGCCAAUGUCACAGUUUCUUCCACAGAUGGAUUCGACUCAGAAGAGGACGUUUUGACAAGAUUGAGAGAGAUUUUAGACAUCAACAGGCAGCAUCUCGUCGAUGCCUCAAUUCGCCGCAUCACCUUCGUUUUUGGAUAUAACGAUGGCACUUAUCCAAAGUAUUACACUUUCAGAGGUCCAGGUUACGUUGAGGAUGAAACUAUUCGUCAUAUCGAGCCCGCACUAGCUUUCCAACUUGAACUUGGAAGAAUGUCCAAUUUCAACAUUAAGCAGAUCUUCACUGAGAACAGAAAUAUUCAUGUCUACGAAGCGACCGGUAAGAACUCCGCUGUCGACAAGAGAUUCUUCACUAGAGGAAUAAUCAGAACUGGUCGUAUCAGCGAUGAUAUCACUAUUCAAGAGUAUCUAACAUCUGAAGCGAAUCGCUUGAUGAGUAAUAUCCUUGACAACUUGGAAGUCAUUGAUACUUCAAACUCUGAUUUGAACCACAUAUUCAUCCACUUUUCCGCUGUUUUCGACGUUUCGUUUGAAGAUGUGGAGGCUGCUUUCGGAGGCUUCCUGGAGAGAUUUGGCAAAAGACUACUGAGGUUGCGUGUCGCAGCCGCCGAGAUUCGUAUCAUAAUUAAGGAUCCUCAAACUGGCGCCCCAAUUCCAUUGAGAGCUUUGAUCAACAAUGUUUCAGGUUACGUCGUUAAGACUGAAUUGUACACCGAAGUCAAAAACGCCCAAGGUGAAUGGGUUUUCAAGUCUCUAGACAAACCGGGCUCUAUGCACUUAAGACCUAUCGCAACCCCAUACCCAGCCAAGGAGUCUUUACAGCCAAAGCGCUACAAAGCUCACUUAAUGGGUACCACCUACGUUUAUGAUUUCCCUGAACUAUUCCGCCAGGCUACCGUCUCGCAAUGGAAGAAAAUCUCUCCAAAGACCAAGCUUGCAGAUGAUUUCUUCAUCGCUAAUGAGCUGAUUGAAGAAGAGGAUGGAGAGUUGACGGAGAUUGAUCGUGAGGCUGGCGCUAACACAAUUGGCAUGGUCGCCUUCAAGGUGACUGUUCGGACUCCUGAAUACCCACGCGGUCGUCAAUUUGUGAUUGUUGCCAACGAUAUAACGUACAAGAUUGGUUCUUUCGGUCCUCAGGAGGACGCCUUUUUCAACAAGGUUACAGAGUACGCUAGAAAGCGUGGUAUUCCAAGAAUCUACCUAUCAGCCAACUCUGGUGCCAGAAUUGGAAUUGCUGAGGAACUUGUGCCUUUAUUCAAAGUUGCUUGGAAUGACCCAGAAAAUCCAGCCAAGGGCUUCCAAUAUCUGUACAUGACUUCUGAAGGUCUGGCUGAGCUGAAGACACAGCGUAAGGAGAAUUCCGUGGUUACGGAGCGUGUUGUUGAAGAGGGUGAAGAACGCCAUGUCAUUAAAGCGGUCAUUGGAGCUGACGACGGAUUGGGAGUUGAAUGUUUGAAGGGGUCUGGUUUAAUUGCUGGUGCCACUUCUAGGGCCUACAAGGACAUUUUCACUAUCACUCUUGUUACCUGCAGAUCUGUGGGUAUUGGUGCCUACUUGGUCAGACUAGGUCAGAGAGCGAUUCAAAUUGAGGGUCAACCUAUCAUUUUAACUGGUGCCCCAGCAAUCAACAAGCUCUUAGGUAGCGAAGUUUAUUCUUCGAACUUGCAACUCGGCGGUACUCAAAUCAUGUACAAUAACGGUGUGUCUCAUUUAACAGCCCAGGAUGAUCUGGCCGGUGUUGAAAAGAUCAUGGACUGGUUAUCAUAUGUGCCUGCUAAGCGCGACAUGCCUGUGCCUAUUUUGGAAAAUGAUGACAAGUGGGACAGAGAAAUUGACUUCACUCCCUCGACUGAACAACCAUACGACGUCAGAUGGCUGAUUGAAGGUCGCGACACCGAAAACGGUUUCGAAUACGGUCUCUUCGACAAAGGUUCCUUUCAAGAAACUCUUUCUGGAUGGGCCAAGGGUGUUGUUGUUGGUAGAGCUCGUUUGGGUGGUAUUCCACUUGGUGUCAUCAGUGUUGAAACCAGAAUGGUGGAGAAUAUGAUACCAGCUGACCCUGCCAACCCAGCGUCUACCGAAUCCUUGAUUCAAGAAGCCGGUCAAGUCUGGUAUCCAAACUCUGCUUUCAAGACAGCUCAAGCAAUCAACGAUUUCAACUAUGGUGAGCAGCUACCUUUGAUGAUCCUGGCUAAUUGGAGAGGUUUCUCCGGUGGUCAGCGUGAUAUGUACAACGAAGUGUUGAAGUAUGGAUCUUUCAUUGUCGACGCUUUGGUGGACUACAAACAACCUAUCUUUACCUACAUUCCACCAACUGGUGAAUUGCGUGGUGGUUCCUGGGUUGUGGUUGAUCCAACCAUUAACUCGGAGCAGAUGGAAAUGUACGCUGAUAUCAACUCUAGAGCAGGUGUUCUUGAACCUGAAGGAAUGGUUGGUAUCAAAUACCGUAGGGAGAAGUUGCUGGCAACCAUGGCUAGACUAGAUCCUACCUACAAGGACUUGAAGAGCCAAUUAGAAGGCUCGAACAUAACCCCAGAGAAGCACCAAGAGCUUUCUGUCAAGCUAGCUGCCCGCGAGAAAGUGUUGAUGCCGAUCUAUCACCAAAUUUCUGUUCAGUUCGCCGAUUUGCACGACAGAAGCGGUCGUAUGACUGCGAAGGGCGUCAUUAGUAAGGAGUUGGAUUGGCCUCAAGCCCGUCGUUUCUUCUUCUGGAGACUAAGAAGAAGACUCAACGAGGAAUAUUUGGUCAAGAGACUGAACGCGGAACUACCAAACGCACAAAGACUUGAAAAAAUUGCCAGACUCAGCUCAUGGUACCCUGCCUCUGUUGACAGAGACGAUGACAGAGUCGUUGCCACAUGGAUUGAGGAGAAUUACAGCCUAUUAGAGGAUCGCCUAAAGGGUUUGAGAAUGGAAUCUUUUGCCCAGAAUCUGGCCAAAUCUAUCAGAAACGAUCACGAAAACACCAUCAAUGGUUUGAGUGAAGUACUAAAACUUCUGGCGGCUGAUGACAAAGAGAAAAUCUUGAACAGUUUGAAAUAA